AAAGAAAAAGAGAGAAAAGCGAGAGAAGAGCGAGAGAGAAAAGUAGAGGCAAGGGAGGCGUGUAUCGCGUGCGAAACGUAAUUUCUCCCUUUUUCGUGUGUUCUGCACACCAUGCAGUGGAUAGUUGAUGCACAAUGCGUACGUGCGAUCGAUAAGAAUCGAUAGGAGGAGCCUUCCAAACGAAAAAAAGGAAAAAAACACCGUAGAAUGGUUGACAUAUAGUGCACGAAGCUUUGCAAUUAUUGCCUUCCCUUUCGUGAGUGCGUCUCUCUCUCUCUCUCUCUCUCUCUUUCGCUCGCUCCCUCUCACACUCCUUACUCUCUUUCUCUCACACUCCCGCUCUCACUUCUCGCUUCCCACCCCUUCGCUAUAUAUUAUUUGCAUCGCGAGACUUUGUUCAACUUCAUCGACCAAAACUACUAAAGUAUAACGUUGGCUUUUUAAUAAUUAAUUACCUUCCUUUCCCCCCUUUCAAUCGCGAUUACUGCAGCGUGUUUCUUGCGAAUGGAAGGGAGGUGGAGGACGCCGCCUUUCUGAAUACUUUUAAACGCGACUGGAGCGAAAUGUUCCAGCGAACUUUCGAGUCUCGUGUCACUUAACUAUCGCAUAAAGGAAAAUGCGAUUACACGAUCGGCACCUGAACAUCGCGUUAAAGGCACGCAAGAGGAAAACGUCAUCGUCGUCGUCGUCGUCGUCGUCGUCGUCGUCGUCGUCAAGAGAAAAAUUCAACGAGUCACUCGCGCAAUCUCGUUGGCCCAAGUUCGCGACAUUCCGUAGUAAAAAACCGCGCAGCCGGUCCGAUGACACCGGGAGAAUCUUGCCCCUGGAAUUUAACAAAUGUUCCAUAGACACGAACGAUUCCAACAUCCUGACCUGCGACAUUGUGGAGCUCUUCUGUGAGAACAGCGACACCAAUCAUGUUGCAUUGGCGGAACGGGCGACCUGCAUGGGGAUUUCCAGCUCGACGGAGCAGAAAGAGGACGCGAUUGACAUGUGCUCCACGUGCAAGGAUUGUGCAGAAUGCCAGUUGCAGAAUAGCGUCGCGAAGAUGCGCGAGACCGGAGAUCUAAUGAACGAACAGGAUGAGGAGGAUGAGGAGGAACAUAUCGAUUAUUACGAAAACGAAGCGAAUAAGAGGACUUCCAUGUCGAACACGGUCACCUCGUUAGAUUAUGAAACUCCUAUCAUCGUGGAUUUAACCAGCGAAGAGUCGAGGGCUACCUGGAAACAAAGCCGAAUUCUGAAGCGAUUCGAUGACGGCAAGAACUCAGAAAUGUCGGAAUCUCGCAUCAUGAUAGCCGACAGUUCCAGCAGGCUGCAACGCAGCGGUACAGGCGGUAGUUUAGCGACCGCCUUGAGGGAUCGCGGCCCGUGCGUGAUCCCCGUGCAGCCUAAUCGUUCCCUGCCCAUUCUGCCGGCGCCGCCGACGCCGACGAGGUCAGCAGCGUCGAUCGUGACGUCGAGGAAAACACGCUCGCCGAUCCUCAAGCUGUCGAAGCCCGUGAGCGUGGACAGCGUCGUCAAGGUACAAUCCGAGAAAUCUUCGAGUUGCACGAGCGAGCUCAGUGAGUUCCCGUUCAGGCAGCGGGAUGAGAAGAGCGACGGGAUGAUACUCGCGAGCGAACUCAUCGAUCGGACGAAUUACACCCUCACGGACAUGCCUAACGUCGUGCAGGUGGUAAAUUCAAUUCUCACAGCGGCGACGUCCGAUAAGAGAACAGCGUUUCCGGUGAUUGCGAAAGAGAUCGGUAGCGUUAAGAGAAAAAGCAGCGAAGAUCUGGACAGGGAAUAUGAGAAAGAGAUUACCAAGGAGGUAAAGAAACGGAGAAAAUCCCACGAGGUGGACGCCAGUCACACGCGCGACGAACGCGUCGAGAAUAUUUUGAAAGAAUAUUCUAGGACGUGUCCUGGUAAUUUGGCGGACAAAGGAGAGAGGCGGUCGCAGCACGUGGUGUUGGGGCUGUGGGAUGACAAAAGGUAUUCGUCGUCAGUCAUGGUGUCGACAACGGAGCCGGAGGUGGAGAAGACGAAGGAGAUCUGCAACAAAGUUGUGCCGCCUUUAAGACUGAAGAAAGUUGUGCGCGAAGCGAGCAUCACCGAUGAGUACCGCAAUGUCGAGGUGAGCAAUGAGUCAGGCAACGAGUUGAAUUACCGCAUCGUAACCGGCGCCACGCCACGUCCGGAAUCUCCAUCCGAAUACUCCACGGUCUUCUGGAGCAACGUGAGCGCAGAGAAAGAUGCUGACAAGCCGAUCUUGCGAGACAAGAACCGGCGAUCCUCGCCGAAGAGCGACGGCUACAAGAUCAAGUACCGUCGUAACCGGCUGCGUCAGAAAUUACGGGAACUGCGCGGCAAGGCGCUGGAACUGUCGCGCGAGAUGGCCGUUCGCAGCAAUGACGCCGACACGAGUCCGCAGCGUAGCACGCGGCUGCGACAGAUGAUGAACUGUUAUGAGAAGCAGAUCGAGAACGUCUCGAAGCUGCUGUGCAAGCUCUCCGCCUCUAUACCGCCGAUGUCGACUGACGAGAUCGUCGACCUCAACUACGAGGACGAGCUGGACGAAGAGCAAGUCGUCGAGAGAACCGCCGGCGACAGCGGCGGUGUCGCACAGGUGAUCAAUGGGAUGUUAGCCGCUAGGCAGUCAGCCAGCGUUUCCCCGUCGCCGUCGCUGUCGCCGUCGCCGUCGCCGUCGCCGGAACCGCCGAAGCUUUCACCACGUUCUCCCAUUGACUACGAGAAGAGCAAGUCGCCGGACAAAGUGAGAGACAGUCCGCCGGUGCUGCCUAGGGUGUACAUCGCGAUCCAGCCGACCACCCUGGAAUGCACGAAACAGAAUUUAGGCAGCGCGACAAGCUGGCACGGAAGUAGCGACGAUUCGUCAAGCUCAUCGAUUAAAAAGGGAGUUAAGAUUUUCGACGAUGCAGAUCGAACAGUUAUUCGUAGCGGUGUGACGGAUGAACCAGCUGUGUCUCCAAUUUCAUCGUCGGAGUUUGAAGGUCUGGGAAACGAUACGGCAGAAUGGGACACGGAGGAGCUUUCGACGAAGCUGUUGUCAACUUUGAAGAAUCCGGAGAUCGAGGAGAAGAUCCAGGAGGACACGAAGACAUUCGACGACGUGGACGAGCCUGAACGUUCGACAUCGCCGAUAUCUUCCGACGACUUUCUACGCUCGACAGUGAACAUCGAGAUAGACGAAGGCGACACGAGGGACACGAAGGAACCCGCCGCCGUUCAAGGAUGUCUCGAUGAAGUGAUCGCGCAGGUUGCGGAAGCCCAAACUGUGAAUAAACAAAUUGUUCGCGAGAAACAAGAGGAGAAACAGGAGCAAAGCAGAUCGAGCGAGAUGUUGUUACCUUCGUCCAAUCCGAUUCUCGAGGGAACCAGGAACAGCACGGAGCACACGGCCUACGAUUCUGACGAGAGGGUCAACAGUGAAGGUAGAAUCGUCGCGAGUACGUCUACUGCGGCACAAGAAACACCAAUGACAGUCGGACGACCGCAAGUGGCCACGUCUAAUGUGACUAACAUCUUGCAACUGCAAUCGAAUUACUACGGCGCGCCCGUUGCGAGGGACAAGGUGGUCUUCACGGGCGUUAUACAGAAUACGAGGAACGCGCAGAAGUGUACUCAGGUGACGUCGAGCGUUAGCCAACCCGUGGCUUUAAAUCCAACGAUACCUCUGGUGUUCGCUCAGUCUGGAUCAAGUGUUAGCAGUUCGAACCAGCAAUGCGUUGUUUUGCCAAACAGUUGCAACAACGAAGUCGCUCAAGACAGUGCCGGUCAACGAAACGAGGGGAAUCGCAUUAUGACGGAGCAGUUUCCCACACUGGGCAACUGGGUGACACGAAUGUCGAAGAAGCAGACUGCCAAGUCCAAGUCUAAACUACAGUCUGGAGUGACACUACCAACUGCGUCGACCGCAAAGGUGGCUCGCGUUCCUGGACUGGAGACGCAAAAGGUGCGCGCGAGUGUGCCGAGCAAUGUAACUCGGAGCAACAUUGUCAACGUAGCUCCGCAGUGGAACACUGAGAGAUGGCAACGUCAACAACACCAGCAGCGUCAGCAGCAAUUGUACGCCGCAGCUUCAUCAGCUGCGCCCGCAGUCCGAACAGGAAUCUGCCCGCCGAUCUCGGUUACCCAGUUCUAUCCACCUAAUUAUGCGAUCGAUCCUUACGGCAGCGGCGCAGCUUAUGGCUACCACUCAGCAAUAUGCCCAUACGGUGACUAUUCUUAUCACUCGCGGUUGCACACGGCUGCGCCACCAAUAAGCGGUUACCAGAUACCGCUUCAGGACUCUCACUCCUCGCCGCUUCGUCAGAUGCAGCAUCUGGACAAGCGUUUCCCGACGCAUCUGCAGGAGGCGGCGACGCGGCACUUCACCACGGAUCUUCUCAAGUAUCCCGCGUCUUUAUCCGCAGCGGGGAAUUAUCAGCACACCGUCGCCGGUUUGGAUUUUGAUCGACUGAGGACAGCGACGGCGGCCACUCAAAACGGCACCACCGCAUCCACAGCUUGCCUGACACCGUUGUUAUUGCCGCCGCCGCCGCCUCCGCCGCCUCCGCCUCCGCCUCCGUUGCCAGGCGCAGCGCAACAGACGUUGGCUCGUACCGCUCCUUUAGCUGGCUAUUCUUCAAGUACUAAUCAGUGCGGCAGGAAUAGGAUGAUUCCAGACGUUGUGGCCGCGGCAGCAGCCGCCGCUGUGAUGGCAGCAGCUUCUUUCGGCCGACAACGUGGUCCUUUGCCACCGUACGGAAGAACCGAUGCGGAGAUGAUGUCCGGAGGUAUCAGCGGCAUGAUCGACAGCGAGUCCACACAGCUGAUAGCAAAUAGAACAGCGAGUCGUGAACGUCUGCCUGAACAAGUACAAUCCGUCACCGGCGGAGUCAGCGUGAAUUCGCGGCUGAACACCGGCAAUUAUCAUCAGUUACAGAAUCUGAUUUUGGAUAGACUGCCUUACGUGAAAACUGAUGAUGCUUAUUCGCAAUCGGCUAUCUUCAAUGACAACGCGCAAGAGGCAGCUUCCAUGUCUUCGUCGACAUACAAGAUCAACACAAUUCCGACGUCCAAUACAUUGAUCUCAAAGGAGACGGCAAGAAAGGAGACCCGUAAUUGCGAUACCCCGCACUUGGGGAAGGUGAAUCGCACUCUGGAAACUACGAACAACCUCGAGUGCUCCAACUGCGGUCUGAUUGGCUCUAUGUUUAAGUGUUUGGGUUGUGAAGCGGCAUUCUAUUGCGACGAGAGGUGUCAGACUCGUCAUUGGAGCAUCCACGUUGAGAAAUGUCCGAAAAGGAUGCCUAAGUUGAAAAAACUCGUCUGAGAGAAAUAUCGUAGAAGCUUGGAAAAUCGUAAUUUGUGAGAAUCUGGAAAAAUCACAGGUUGACAUUUAUUAAAUAUCCAAGGCAACACUUCUCAUCAUUGUCUCUCAAUAUUCUUGCCGUAAUACGAUCCUUUUACCUCUAGUCAACAUGUAAUAAAUUUUAUAACGAGUGCAAGUUAUAUCUUGCAGUCGUAUUGAAUUUAUAUUACGAUGUGAUAAGGUGUGCCUGGUUGUAAAACAAAUGCUUGUUGUAAUUUUUAUGGCGCAUCGCUCAUAGUCUAACGUUUCGUUUUGUAAAUUGCGAACUGUGAAAGACAAAGAGCUCAGCGCACCACGCAUUAUAUUCCUUGUUAUUACGCGUUAAAUGAUAUAUGUAUUGUGCAAUAAUUAUAAUACGAAGGAUAAUUGUAAUCUGGAUAAUAAUUACGCGUCAGUUCUCGUUGGUA